AUGUCAUCAAAUUUUACCAUGACUGAGUUCUCCAUGACCAUGCAAUACAUGGCCAACCAGCUGUUGACCUAUCUGAACAAUCAUGAACACAGUCCCCACAACAUCAUAGUGUUCAUCAAAACUUUGAAUCCCCAGGUUACAAGGAUUAAGGAGUGCCUCAUUAAACUUGUGACUGCAAUGGCCCAUGACUGGUGGCAAGUGGACUGUGGCCAAGCAGAAUUGGGAUAUGAGAAGAGACCACUCCAGAAAGUAAUUGCUGAAGCAGCAGAAUUCUGUACAGGGGUAGCUAAUGGUGGCAUUUCCCUACUGCUUCUGAUCAAUUCCCACCCAUCACCCACUGCAGAACAAGCUGCACUUCAUGCCAUGUGCACUGAAGGCUUGAAGGAUAUUGAUCAGGAGCUCUCAUAUCUUUCCAAGCUAAUCUUGCAAUUGCAGGAGAGGAUGACAUCAUUGGAAGCCAUAACCAGAUCAAGGCUUGCAUUAGAGGUUGCAUGGGUGGAGUUGGUGUCUAAGACCAUAUGCACAUUCUAUCAUUGGUUUCAUUUGGACCAGUAA